CGGAUUUUACCGCACACUUUGAUAUUAAUAGAAAUGGGUCAGAUGGCGAGGAUACCUAGGCAUAGAUUCACAUCUAUAUGCUUUUACAGUGCUGUUCUAUGUUUAGGAAUAACUUGUACAACUUACAUAUUCGGUACGACGUGUCGGACAAGCACUCCGAUUCAGUAUGAGGCUGCACACUUCAAAAACCGACGAGAAAUCGAUAUCCAAAUAAUAUUGGAAGAUCACCAAUACGAAUUUAGUGUGGUUUCAAAUCCUACAGUUACCGAUAACUCAAACUCGAAAAAUGUUCUUAUAACGAAUCCCGAAGCAAACAAAACCGUUCUUAUGGCAGGACAUGAAACCCAAAAUAAAAGCGCUCUUAAAAUAUCUUCCGAGAAGAAGGUGAACAAUAAUGCCAUACAAAUCCCCGAAAUUAAAAAGACUCAUAUUUCAGCACAACACAGGCCGAAAGAACAACCAGCGAAAACAACUCAAAAGCCACUUCGAUCAAAAAUGUUUUUAAAUGAUAUACCGUUAGAAAUGGGCUUCCAGCCGUAUAUAGACGUAGAGUUCCCGAGUGUUGAAAGUGACACACACCGUAUACCCCACAAUAUCCAUCAAAUAUGGAUGCGCGUUCCUGACAAUUCAUCAACACCGGACAUGGCUGUUCCAGAUAAGUUUGUCAAAUACAUGGAAACAUUUCCAAAGUUCAAUCCUGACUGGACCUACUAUUUCUGGACAUACAAUACCUCACGCAAAUUGUUACAGGACAGGCAUCCUGAACUGUUGCACUUUUUCGACAACACCACUGAAUUGGUAGUCAGGGCAGAUCUCAUGCGCUACGUUGUUCUCUAUGAAUUCGGGGGCCUGUACGCGGAUUUAGAUACGACAUGUCUGAGACCGCUUGACAUUGUGACCAAGAAAUACACUUGUAUAUUGGUACUAGCGCCAUUCGAAAAUGCUGCAAUGAUGUUAAAUGGACCUUAUCAAAUAUGCAACGGAGAAAUAUUCUGUAGAGCAAGGCAUCCUUUUCUGAGAUAUGUACUUAAUACUAUUGCUAACAAAGCGGAUGCCGGAAAAGGAGCUUUUGUGAUUGGCCCUUCAUUUUUCACAGGUCAAUAUAGACUUUACAAUAACAUUAGCAAAGAAGACGCAUAUAGAAUAGAUAUAUUCGCCGACACUGGAACUCCAUACUUUUACAAAGGAGAACGCCCAGUUACAGACGACGAUGGUAUUUAUAUCGCAAACACUCGAUAUUUUCUGGACCAACCGCAUCCAACACUCAGAGGAGGCAUAAAGAAACGAUGCAGCAAUCAGACUAAUGAAUCGAGUGUAAGAAAGAGAAUGUGUGCUGUAGUAGAGACAAUGGGCUUCGACAGAAAUCCUGGAAAGUUUGCGUUUUUAACUCAUGCGUAUUCAUUUUCAUUUAGCGCUGCUGCCCAAAAUCAAACGAUGACGUAUAUUCCCGUUGAAAAAGUUAUUCCAAAAUUUGAUAUUUAUGAUAUGCACACAGGCCUUGUGAAGACUGUUUAUCGUUCGAAUGUCAGUCUUUAACUAUCGAUUGUUAU